GCAGAGCUCCAUGGAAGGCAGAUCCAUGUGAACGCAUCUCGCGCUUCCGAGAAGGAGCUGCUAGGCGCUCUCAUGGAGCAUGCAUCUCACCUGCUGACGGCCCGCGAGGCUGCGAGCGAAAGAAGCGACCAGAAGCUCCCGCAGGAGUUGGAUGUGGUGCAGGCGCAGAAGCCUGUGAAGGAAUGGCAAUCCGCGAAGACAGAGUUGCCGAUUCAGAUUGCAGCCCGUGAGGCUGCAAAGUUCCGACAGGAGUUGGAAGAUUGGCAGCAUAAGCGGGAGCAUGAGGAAGCUGUGAAUAAGCUGCAACAUGCAUCAUUCAUCAGUUUCUACAAUCGCCAUACAGCCUUUGAGGCUGAGGUAACAUAUUUUUAG